AAAUAUUCGAUGAUUGUAGAAGAACUGUCUGCAGGCACUGACAUGAAACGGACAUCAAAGUAACAUUCUUGCAUUCUAUGCAUUCUAUGAUUUUCUCGUACCAACCGAAUAGCAAAAAAAUAAUACAUCUUCUCUUCGUGUCAACAGUAGUGAUGGCGGUCGGUAAAAAUAAGGGUCUUUCAAAAGGAGGAAAGAAAGGAGUUAAAAAGAAGGUAGUAGACCCUUUCACAAGAAAAGACUGGUAUGAUGUCAAGGCACCCUCUAUGUUUGCUACCCGACAAGUAGGAAAAACGUUGGUAAACCGUACUCAGGGCACCAGGAUUGCCUCUGAAGGUUUGAAGUUCAGAGUAUUUGAGGUCUCUUUGGCUGACUUACAAAAUGAUAAUGAUGCUGAACGUUCUUUCCGUAAAUUCCGUCUCAUUGCUGAAGAUGUUCAAGGUAGGAAUGUAUUGACUAACUUCCAUGGCAUGGACCUGACCACUGACAAAUUGAGGUCAAUGGUCAAGAAAUGGCAAACUCUAAUUGAAGCCUCAGCUGAUGUCAAAACCUCUGAUGGUUAUUUACUUAGAGUUUUCUGUAUUGGUUUCACCAACAAGGACCAAUUGUCUCAAAGAAAAACCUGCUAUGCUCAGCAUACACAAGUUAGGGCCAUUCGUAAGAAGAUGGUUGAAAUCAUCACCAGAGACAUCCAGGGGUCAGAUAUCAAGGAAGUUGUGAACAAGCUUCUCCCUGACAGUAUUGCCAAGGACAUUGAAAAGGCCUGCCAAGGAAUCUACCCUCUACAUGAUGUUUACAUUCGUAAAGUCAAGGUGCUGAAGAAGCCCAGGUUCGAGCUGUCCAAGCUGUUGGAGUUGCACGGCGACGGCGGCAAAGGGGGGGCCGGCGAGGGGGGCGGCGAGGCCGGCUCGAAGGUCGACAGGCCCGAGGGGUACGAACCCCCUGUACAAGAAGCGGUGUAACGUUAUUUUCAGAGUGUUUAUGUAUAAAGAGGAAACGAAAUAAAUACGGAGUAUUUAUGGCCAGUUGGA